CCUACUUUCUGGUGGCUAUCCCUUUGAAACGGUCGGUGUCGAUUAUGCCGGACCUAUUAUGUCCGCUAGUCGACAAGGCCGCGGUUGUAAGCUAGUAAAGGUUUAUAUUUCAGUUUUUGUUUGCUUCACUACCAAAGCUAUUCAUUUAGAGUUGGUAGGCGAUUUAACUAGUAAUAAUUAUAUACUUGCUUUACGUCGAUUCAUUUCGCGAAGAGGUAAACCUGUCAAUAUUUAUUCCGAUAAUGGUACCUCAUUUGUGGGUGCAUACAACGACAUUUCAAAAUUUCUAAAGACGAAUUGUAAUUCUUUAGGCGAAAGUGCAGCCUGUGAUGGCAUUGACUUCCAUUUUAUUCCGGCGUAUGCUCCUCAUUACGGAGGUUUAUGGGAAGCGGGUGUAAAGUCGACAAAAUACCACUUACAGAGAGUGUUGGGUAAUUGUACAUUAACCUAUGAAGAGCUUAACACCACUCUCAUACAAAUUGAAGCAGUGCUGAACUCUCGACCCCUGACACCACUUUCUUCGGAUCCUGCGGACUAUAAUCCAUUAACCCCAGGCCAUUUUUUAAUUGGGCGGUCUCUGACUUCUUUGCCAGACCGAGAUUAUCAAAGACAUUCCACAAAUAAUUUAACACGGUUCCAACGCAUUGAGCAAUUACGACAACAUUUUUGGGCUAGAUGGAGCAAAGAGUACAUUGCAGAAUUGCAACAACGUGUUAAGUGGCGUACUUGCAAGGAUAAUUUAAAAUUGAAUACGUUGGUAGUAAUUAAGGAGGAUAAUCUUCCGCCAUUAAAGUGGAAAUUGGGAAGAGUUGUGGGAGUUCAUCCUGGUCUUGACGGCAUAGUACGGGUUGCUGAUAUCCGGACAUCCACUGGAGUUAUUCGGCGAGCCUUUAGCAAAAUCUGCCCAUUACCAGUAUCAUCGGAGUCUGAUUGAAAGCGCAGCUUUCAAUGCCGGGGGGCAUGUUGUGAAGUCAAAGCGCCUACUUAUUUUAUU